AUAAAAUGAAUGGUUCUUAACCUCUUUCUGCCUUUUCUUUCUAUUUAUCUAUUUGUUGUCUAUAAUUUCUUUAAUCUUUUUGACAAUUAUUGUUUGCAUUGUUUAUCAUUGAAUCUGUACACCAACAUGCCAAUUGUCCACCGCAAAUACCAGGGAAUGUUUCGUAUUUUGGUGGGGUAUAUGAAGUGAUGCUGAUAUGUAAUCUGAUUUUGGGUUUUGUUGAUUUUGAAGAUUGGUAUUGAAAAAGUCAAGGAGAUUGAAUAUGGGUUCUGUUAAUUUUGGUUUUCGAGAAUUUAUUGAUUCCGGUGUGCCAAAAGAUGAUCUUGUUUUCUGAAAUCCAUAUGGGUUUUGUUCUUUCUUCAAACAAUUGUGGUGGGACUGAAGAUGGGUCUAUGUAAUUUUCAUCAGUGAUGCGCUAAAACGACAUUACAUGGUCCAGUUCUAGGAACGUUGUGGAGUAAAACCAUGAAUCUGUAGUUUGAUUAUUAGAGAAUUAGCAGUGGAUAGCGAUAGAUAAACAAUCAUGAGAUUUUUGAGCAUUGUGGGGAAUUCCUUUGGAUGUUCGGCUUCAGGGGAGCGCCUGGUAUCGGCCGCAAGAGAUGGGGAUCUCCAAGAAGCCAAGGCACUAUUAGAAUGCAAUCCUCGGCUAGCAAGAUACUCAACUUUUGGGCUUCGCAAUUCUCCAUUGCAUUAUUCAGCUGCUCAAGGCCAUCACGAGAUCGUAUCUCUCUUGCUGGAAUCAGGGGUUGAUAUAAAUCUGAGAAAUUACUGUGGACAGACGGCCUUGAUGCAAGCAUGCCGAUACGGUCACUGGGAGGUGGUUCAGACUCUAGUGUUGUUCAAAGCCAAUGUUCACAAGGCAGAUUAUCUCAAUGGUAGGACUGCUCUCCACUUUGCAGCUGUAAAUGGACAUUCCCGAUGCGUUCGACUUCUCCUUGCAGAUUAUGUGCCUAGCAUACCUGAGUUUUGGAAUAUUAGUAGGAGAGGGUUUCCUACUGAUGAUUUAGACAUGGAGUUUGAGACAAGUUCUCUCUCUAAAAUCCUCAAUAAACCAGCCGAUGGUGGAAUAACUGCACUCCAUAUGGCAGCGCUAAACGGACAUGUAGAUAGCCUGCAGUUGCUUUUGGAUCUGGGGGCAUGCAUUUCUGUGGUCACGAUUGAUGAUGGAACUACAAUUGACCUGAUUGGUGCAGGUAGCACACCUUUGCAUUAUGCUGCAUGUGGUGGAAAUGCACAGUGUUGUCAAUUUUUGGUUGCUAGAGGCGCCAUCCUGAGUGCUGAAAAUUCAAAUGGUUGGACGCCCUUGCAGGUUGCUCGUUUGUGGCAUAGACAAUGGUUAGAGGGGAUUUUGAGUAGACAAUCAGAAGCUCGUUUACUUUUUCUACCAUCUCGAUAUUUAUCAUUGCCUCUAAUGAGCAUUGUAAAGAUCUCUCGGGAAUGUGGAUGGAGGAGUUCUGAUAUAUUACCGGCAUGUGUCGAUCCAUGUGCUGUUUGUUUAGAAAGAAGAUGCACAGUAGCAGCAGAAGGUUGCAACCAUGAAUUCUGCACCCAAUGUGCCUUGUACCUCUGCUCCACAAACAAUACAUCAACAGUUUCUGGCCCUCCUGGAUCCAUAGCAUGCCCUCUUUGCAGGCAUGGAAUUGUUUCUUUCAUCAGGCUUCCACACACAAGCCAAAUAAGAGAACUACCAAGAAUGAGUUUAUCACUAUCCUUAUGCACAGCUUGUUCUGGUGAGGCAACAGAUCCCACCACCAUGCCACCCUUCAGUACAAUGGCACCACUGAGGUCUUCAUCUGUCAGAUCACUUAGUUGCCAAAAUUUCCCAUCUGUGAAGCUCAAUUCUAGCCUUUGUAUGAGGGCUCCAAGAAUGGAAAGAAAAACACAUAAACAAGUGGGGAGGUGUGCCCCAAGUGGGUUAAGGGGAUCAGCAUCUCAGAGAGAGAGGAGGUCCACCACUUGGGUGUGAUUAGCACAAGGCAUAUGGUAAUGACAAAAGAUAAGUUCCUUUGGACAAGCACAAGGCAUGUGGUAAUGGCAAAAGUUGAGUUUCUUUGGACUAGCUCAAGGCAUGUGGUAAUGGCAAAAGUUGAGUUUCUUUGGACUAGCACAAGGCAUGUGGUAAUGGUGAAGGUUGGAGAUCACAAGUCAUCUGACAAUGGCCAGAACUGUGGAUUAACAUCCGGUCCUUUCAAUUCUUCCCCAUGUUUUAAAGUGGUUUGCUUUGAUAUCUGUUUUGAUUGAUAUAUUUGUAGAUGUAUUAUUACUCAUUUUCCUUGCAAUGAGUGUGAAACACCAUGUAUGUUCCAAGACUUC